CAGUACCGGCACUGCGCUCGUGCCUACGGCCAACUUUCACUGCUCGACCGUGCAAGACUGACCCAUAUAUUCCGAGCGGGCCCCGGCGUCGGGCCCCGACAACCGACCACCUCCAGCCGUCCCGGGACGACAUCGGUUCUCAACCUCGUCUAACGAGAGUCCCGACCACCGAUUGGACCGAAAUCGACUCGUUUAUUGCAACUCUUGGCCGUGUAAUCAUCAUUCGCGAGUCGAACGUUACUGAAGACGGAUUGGGGCGCAGUUCGGUUCGGCCGAUUCCGAGUGACCAUGGCGUGCCGAUAGUGCUCCCGAGACCUCUUACGAUCCGGUUCAAAGCCAAUUUCUAUUUGCAAUUUAUCCACUUUUCCGCGUUCGUUUAUUUUCAUUUUUAUUUGGGGAAGGGAGACCAAGAUAAACGCAAUCGACGAUCGAUCCAUCGGGCGAUUUAUACUCCUGCAAUAAAUUGAUACGUUAAUUGUCCGCAAGAAUACACUCCGUACUUGAAAGAUAGACAGUAGACGAUAUGUUACGGCAGGAAUAUUACUUCGACGUGCCCUCGCUCACGCAAUCCUGACAUCCCAAUGCAGUCAUUACGAAGCGCCGGUGUUUAAUCGAAACGCCCGCGGCUCGAAUUGUUGACCGCGUGAUUUAUAAUCCCGCACUCUGUCCGACCGCGGCGUAUUGAUUUGGUCUUGAGAAAUAGAUGGAAUUUCUUAUUAUCGGACACUUUGUAAAGAUCCAUAUUCUUUAAACUAGAAUUUCUUCAUUGUUUUAAAAAUAAAAUCACCGUCAAGAUGAAAAAAUUUAUCGUUUGUAUUUUCCCUCGCUAAUCCGCGGUUUCAUUCCUGCAGUUUUUCUGGUAAUUUACCUCAUAUAUAUUUUACUCUCGUAAUUUUCCAAGCACGUUAAAUUGUUCGGUAAUUGUUUCCCGGUGACCGUUGAUUUUUUGUCCGUCAAGUCAGCUGCGUACCGGGAUCGUCACUGUCACUCCGGCGAAGUUGUUUUCCUGUUUGUUGUUCGCCGUCAUCGCGUCAACGCGAAAGCGCCGACUCUAAUUAGUCCUCGGGAGAUAAAUAAUUUGUCUUUCUCCCUGUCCGUAUGUUCUAGGAAUUCUAAGGAAAUUAGAAAUCAUCGGUAUCAACUUUCGGAUAAUAACAAAAGUGCUCUUGCCCGUUAUCGUAAAAGAUAACGACGCAGGUAGAUCAUGGAUUUCUCCAAUAAACGUACGCCCAGUUCGAGGCAUUUUUCACCCUCCGUCUAUGCGCUUCGCUGCACAAUCGUACUGACGAUGAUUGCCGCGGUAGCUGCGAUAUUGCACUUGAGUCACUACAAUCCGAAACAGACGUUCUUAUCAUGCGACCGACCUUGUCAUCAUCUGGACUGGCCGAUGAUUUGUCGGGUGAAGCUAACCCUCGAGGUUUAUCAAUCCCUUAGCAAGUCCUGCGGUAAUUGUCCGGCCAAUGAAACCGCCUGUCUUGGAAAGCAUUGCGUAUCCGUCGACGGUCAGAGGAGGGGUGUGCUGGUCGCCAAUCGCCAAAUGCCGGGUCCCAGCAUACAGGUAUGCGAAAAUGACAUCCUCGUCGUCGACGUGGUGAACCGUUUGCCUGGUCGAGCAGUCGCUGUUCAUUGGCGAGGUCAGUCCCAGAUCGAGACACCGUGCAUGGAUGGUGCUCCAUUGGUGACCCAGUGUCCGAUACCAAGCUACACCGUGUUCCAGUACAAGUUCCGGGCAGCGGCGGCUGGAACUCACCUCUGGCACGCGCACGCAGGUGGUGACGUUGCCGACGGAUUGUCCGGUUCUCUGAUCGUGCGGCAGGCCGACGCCCGCGAGCCUCAUCGCACCCUCUACGACGUCGACGAUCCGAAGCACGUGAUCCUCAUCAGCGAGUGGAAGCACUUCUUCUCGACCGACGCAACCUCCAAUCCACUCCGAUCCAAGACCGCCGCUCUUCUCGUCAACGGAAGGGGCCGCCAAUCCACUGGUCCCAGGGUUCCCCUUUCCACCUUCACUCUCAUCCCCGGUCGACGACACAGGUUUAGGGUCGCUCACGCAGGUGGCGCGGGAUCCUGCCCCGUAAAUCUUGCCUUAGAAGGACACUCCAUACUCGUAAUUGCCCUUGACGGACACCCCGUCAGCCCUUUGAAGGUGAAAUCGGUCACUCUGGUCAAAGGAGAACGUCUUGACUUCGUGCUGAACGCCAGCGGAAGCAUCAGGUCUUACGGUUUGACGGUCCGGACGAUGGAAGGUUGCUUGUCACCUGCGGUAGUCGGAGGUGCAAUUUUGCGGUACAAAGGCUUUACCGACGAAGAACCGUCGAUGAUCCCAAGCCUUGGGAGCACCGGGUCUCCUGAAGGUGAUCAGCGGGACACCAAGGUCGACGUUUCUCUGACAUCAAAUCCGUUCGAGGGCUGUAACGACCGGGAUAAAAUAUGCCUGACGGAAAUUCAGAGCAAACGAAAGCUGCCCAAGGUCCUCGAAGGAACGCCCGACGUCACGAUGCAUUUACCGAUCAACUACAGCAUCGAAACUAGCGAUUUCGCAGACGGCAGCGAGAUCCGGACGCGAGUACUUCACGUCAGCAAUGUGACGUUCACUUUUCCUUCUUCGCCGCUACUUACUCAGGGUCAAGAUGUUCCCCAGGAAAUUAUUUGCUCCGGCAACGCUGGCGAUGGAUUACAGGUUACGACCCGAUGUCGUCGCGAUGACAUAUCCGAGGGUCAGGUCUGCGAGUGUGUUCACGUCAGACGCAUUCCCGCUGGAGCAACCGUCGAAAUCAUCCUCAUCGAUCAGGGUGGUUUGGAUGACCUGGUAUACCAUCUCCAUGGGUCCAGCUUCUACGUCGUGGGGGCAAAGCAUUUCGGGCGAAGCGUGUCCGUUGAGGAGGUGAAGGAGAUCGGAAGAGCAUAGUGGUGUAAAAGAUAGGGGUGC